AUGGCAACAAACAGACCUGAUGUUCUGGACCCUGCACUUCUUCGUCCGGGGCGACUAGACAGGAAAAUAGAGAUUCCAUUGCCAAAUGAACAGUCAAGGAUGGAAAUCCUCAAAAUCCAUGCUGCUGGAAUUGCAAAACAUGGUGAAAUUGAUUAUGAGGCAGUUGUUAAGCUCGCUGAGGGAUUUAAUGGGGCUGAUCUUCGUAACGUGUGCACUGAAGCUGGUAUGUCAGCAAUCCGUGCCGAACGUGACUAUGUCAUCCAUGAAGAUUUCAUGAAGGCUGUUCGGAAGCUAAAUGAAGCGAAAAAACUUGAAUCCACUGCCCACUACAAUGCUGAUUUUGGGAAGGAUUAA